UUCACAGUCUUAGGUGUUUUUAUUAAUACAAAUGUAUUUUGAAAUUUUACUAACACUUUUCGUCGUAAUUUUAUUUUUGUUGGAAAAGUUCAAGAAUAGAUCAUGGAAGAAGAGGGGACCCCUUCCUCCUGGCCCCUACUGCCUCCCCGUGUUCGGGUAUCUUCCAUUUCUGGGGAAAAUUCCCAGCAUAACAAUUGCAAACUUAGCCAAGCGAUAUGGGAGCGUAAUAUCCCUUCGACUUGGUCAAACUCGUGUGGUUUUUGUCAAUGACUUUGAGUCAACAAAGGAAGCUGGAAAGAUGGAUGUCCUUCAAGGCCGACAUCAAAUGGCUUUAUUUGAACCCAGAGGAUAUGCAGGGUUGGGCCUCCUGGAAGGGAAGGACUGGAAGGAGAUGAGGCGAUUCACUCUCAGAUGCCUCCGCGAUAUGGGGUUUGGUAAGAGGUCGAUGGAAGGCAUGAUGCAAGAACAGGUUCAGGAAAUCUGCAGCUUUUUAAGAAAAAAUUUGGGUAAACCAUUGUACUUGAAACCCAUUUUGGAGUUGGCUGUCGUGAAUAGCACGUGGACGUUGAUGACUAGCGAGAAGUUUGACAUUGAAGAUCCUGCCAAGCGUGACUUAAUGCAAAUUUUAUCCGAUGCGGUUUCGGACCAGAACAUUGUUGGUGUUGGGGCCUUUCUUCCGUGGUUAGCCAAGCUGGCCCCAGACCUGACGGGAUACACCACGGGGCUCAAGUUGCUUGCAGCUCCGGAGCAACUCGCUCGAGACGUGAUCAGCUCACACGUCGCCACCCACUCCCAGGGCCAAGAACGGGACUUUAUCGACAUGGCACUGACCAAAAUCUACACCACCACUGACCCCAAAUCCGUCUUCUAUGGGGACUUUGGACUACGAAAUCUCCACUACACACUGUUGGACUUGUUUUUUGCCAGUUCGGAUACUAUAAGUUCCACUCUGGGCUGGGCAUUUACCUACUUGGCAUGCUACCCAAAAGUCCAAGCCAAAAUUCAGAUGGAAAUUGACCAAUGUGUGGGAAGAAGUAGGAUGCCUUGCAUUGAAGACCGAUCCAGGAUGCCGUAUGUGGAGGCAACCAUGCAGGAGGUCCUUCGCAAAUCCUCGAUGGUGCCACUUGGGCUGAUGCACACAGCCCUGGAGGACACACACUUCAAGGGCUACUUUAUACCCAAACGAACCGUCUUCAUAUUCAACUUGUACCAAAUCCACCACGAAAAAAAAUACUGGGGUGACCCAGACAACUUCCGUCCAGAGAGGUUCCUCUGUGAGGAUGGGACAUUUCGCAGGGAUGACCACGUCAUUCCCUUCCUCGUGGGAAAGCGGAGCUGUCCAGGAGAAAGUCUGGCCAUGAACGAGUUUUUCCUCUUCUUGACUGGAAUCCUCCAAAACUUCAACUUUGAGCUACAGCCAGGCCAAAGUCCACCAUAUUUAGGACCUCGAUCUGGUUUCGUUCUAUCCCCUCCAAAACAUGAACUUUUGGUUUCAGAACGAUGAACACUAUGUAUUUUAAAAUUAAGUUACAAACCUUGUAUAUAAAAGAAACCCAAAAAAGGAAAGCUUAGAUGAGGCUAUUGUAUGUAUGUAUGUAUUGGUGGGGUGACGAUCCUGCCAUUGUUGGACAGGACCGUCAGCUGCGCAAGCACUAAAGGCUUAUUGCAGUCUCCCCGUAUACACCGCUUUACUGUGCUAAGUCAUGACUCUCACGAUUUACAGAUCUAACUUGACCUACAAACCGCCCUGAUCUGAUUAUGAAUUGAAUUAGAUCGGGCAGAGACAUAGUCACUAUUUGCUCUGGUGGCAACUCAUGCCUCCCAAAGAGUUCUGACCUUAGGGCACAAUACUUGUCGCAGGACCCAAGAAAAUGAAAUACAGUCUCAGGGCCACGGCCACAUAGG